AUGCCGGCCAAUGGCAGCCCCAAGAUCGUGCGAACGGAACUGACGGUUCCUGAACAACAAGAACAAUUCCACAGUGCUCCGGCAUUUGGUAUGCCCAACAGCGGCCGUCCUGGAAAUAUCUAUGAUGGCCAAAUGCAUGCUGUUGAUACCAAGCUUACUGAGCUUGGUGAUCCCGUAGUCAGCAUGCAGCAGAGUAGUGGUAACGUUUCUUAUGACUCCGAAUCAUCUUCAAUGAUUGUUCAAGUGUCGGAAGCUUCAGCGUCGACAGAUUCUGCCGAACAGACGGCACAAGAACAAUACACGAGACAGAACAAUGUGCCCGCACUAUCAGUCUCAGUGCCUCCUUAUGGCAACCAGAAUGAGGUCCCGGCGUAUCCCACACAGACAGUGCCUUUUUACAUGCAGCCGAAUGUAGGUACUACCCGUUACAGUAUACCUCCUCACAAGGAUCGCCCCUACUGGCAACAAGCCGACAGUCAGUGGGAUCAGCCUGCAUACGGUCCGUACCGACAGCACACGGUGCCGGCGUACUGGAACCAGUACCCCGAACAGGGUGCACCUCAGCCACCCAUGGGCCCGCCACCUGCGCCGGCUCCAGACCAGGACCACACCAGACAUCGCUCGAGCAAGUCAAGGAGCUGCUCAAAGUCAUCGGUGACCUGGCUCCCUGCUGGCGAGGACCCGCUUCAUGGUCCGACGAAGGUAUUUCGUAAGCAGAACGGAUCAGAGCGUUCGUCAUCGCCGACCAAAGAGUAUGACCCGACUGUCGACAAGCCUCUGGCUCUCGGUUGCACUAACAAAAGCACCAGUAAGGACCGUCGACCUUCAAACGGUCGGUCUUCGAACGCAUCUAUGUCUCGGCGACCAUCGUUCACAAGCAGUCUGACUGGUAGCCUUCAACCAGUAUUUGCCAGUCACCAGGUGCAGAAUGGCCCACCUCAUGCACAGGAUCCUAGCCGUUUUAAGGCGAACAAUGGGAAUGGUAGUAAGGGUACCAAGUACGGCACAUUGUUGAACGGCAUUUGUCGCAACGAGCGACAGUUCAACAGCGCUUUUCCCAAGCGACAGAAGUACAAGCCAUGUUCUUGUGCAAGAUGCGUUGAUCGCGACAACGCCAUAUACGUGGACGGAUUCGAUGGCUAUGUGGAAGAGGAAACUGCCAGAAAGGUAGUCGAGUACUUUGAGAAGAAAAUAGGUCCUACCAAGCGCUAUUGGACCGCGAAAGGAGCUCAUGGUGUUGUUAUCAUCUUCGAGGACGAGCAAAGUGCUCACAACUCGGUUCGCGGUCACCAUUUCAUCCCUGGUAUCUCAUCGAGACCCCUACACGUUGGAUACCGUGUCGGAUCCCAAUACUUUAAGCCUGUUCCCCCUCGUCCGAGGAAGGCCGAACCACAAAAGCAUGACACGCAGCGUUCCAACUACGGACCCACGCAUCCCAAUUACCCGCAAGCUUCUUCUACCAUUGCGGGACUGGCUACAUUGGGCGUAAGAGUCGACCCGAGUGUCCCUUACCGAGCUCAUAGCUUUGCUCCGAGUUCGUUUGAGGGAGUAACAUGGGCAAUUCCGCCAUACUAUGGUCCAUCCAGUCAUCGAGCGCGCGAAGGACAAAUGGCCCCAUUUAGAAUCCCAGUAGAGAACCCCUCAAGGGACGGUAAACAAGACGAAUCAGACAAGCAGGGUGCAAAGGUCGACAAGGGCAAGGCUAAGGCCGGAGAAGCAUUGACUGAUGCCUCUCGUCAAUCGAGUGAACCUUACUUCACACCCCGCGAGCACCUGUCCCCGAAAGAAGAGGAUCCUGCUCGUGAACCUGAGCCUGUAGUCGCUAGGAGCGUCGAGGCUGAUGACAAUGGUGACGAGCCAUAUGACUACGGCACCAUGAUCGUGCGUCGAGGAAGACCCAAUGCCCGUCUUCCACAGAGCUGGGCCGACGAGCCCCCACGACCACCGGCAACCCCUCCUCUUCAGGUCACUGUCGAGGAAACCAAGGUGUCUACCCCUAAGACCAAGCUGGACAAAGGCAAGGGUAAAGCAACAGUGAACGGUGACCAAGAUGACGAAGGUCCGUCAUCACAAGCGGCACUUCAGCCCUGGGCAUCGGUCACAUCGUCCCGCUCGCGCGGAUCUCGGCGAUCAUCGUCGCGACCUACAACCAUGACCCCUAGUCCGCCUUUGUCGGUCAAUUCACCCCCGACACCAAGUCACUUGCACCCGGCCGUGACUGAAGAGUGGCUUGCUCAGGUCAAUGACGUACUUGUAAGAUUGAAUCUCAGACGUCUUAACAACUACGACGUCCUACUCGUUCUCCGCGGACGUCCCCGAGCGGAUCACCUGUUGUUCCAACGAGGAUUCCAGGUUCUCGGUACCGAGGACCAGCGACGAAGUUUCUUACGUCAAUUGCAGCGUGCUUUACGUGGUGUGCCAAACAACAUCAUCGACUACAGCCUCCGUGGCGAUGAACCUCACCCGAUCUCUGAAGUCCGCCGUUGGAAACGACGCCAGCAAGAGGAGGCCCUGAUGGAAGAGCAGAAGGACGGGGGUACUGGCAAUGAAACAAGAUCCCGCCAGCAGAAUCUCAGCCCAACACCCGCCCCUCGUCGGGCCCAAAGCCUGAACCCGGCGGCUCCGUCGUUCAUGUCGUCAGUGACCAGUAGCACCGGCAUUGCCGCCAAGGACGCCUCUCAGCCAGAUGGCAAAGCAGAGGUUCAGAACGACAAGCGAAACUUCACCACAGCUGCGGCCUCUUCAGGCAAGAACUGGAACAAGACAAAGCACGCCAAGAAGAGUAGCCAGAACGAGCUUGAGAAGGCCAAAUUCAAGCUCACAGGCAUCCCACCUACUUCUCAGGGUGGAUUCAGCAGUGUCCAAGGUCCAGGACAAGGCAAGCAAUUCGGCAGAGGCAAAGGCAAGGCGCUUCCGAGCCACUUGCGACAGCCUAGUGCGGGAUCCUCGAACAAACCUGGUCGGAAGGGACGCCCUUUUAAGGGACAGCACAUGAAGACUGGCUCUGGUGCGACGGCUACAUCUGCUAGUGCAUCUGGCACUUCGACUCCGAACGCGGCCAAGGCGUUGUCGCCCACUAUGCAGGCUGCUAAGCCAGUUGAAGGACAGACUGGCGGACAGGCCAAAGAGCAGGAUGAUGGAAAGAAGGAGAAAGAUAAGCAGUCCAGUGAGCAGACGGGAGGUCAGGUUGGAGGUCAGACAGGAGGACAGGCGGCAGCAGUCCCAACUAUCCUAACAGAAAAUGACUGGCCAUCCCUCAGUCCCGCUGCAACCCCAAGACACGAGCACCGACCGGCGUCGGCAGCAUGGGCAAAUGAUCCCCUAUCAUUUGCGAACCGAGCCGCUCGCAUGGCGUCCUCGCGUGGUGGACAGUCGGGCUCUCCCCGUACCCCGACCCAAGCAUCGUCCGAUGUCCGCUCAACGGGACAAUUCUCAGCUCGAAAGGGCGGCGGUCACAAGGAUCAGAACAAGGGCACUGGUCACAAAGACCAGAGCAAGAGAGGUGGAAAGAAGGGUUAG